AUGAUGUUAGGAAAACACUAUACCCCGCUAUCGAAGGGGGUGAUUUGGACGAUAUUGUCUGUGUGCCUUUUUUUCAUGUUCACCACAUUAAUAUUGAUCAUCGUAGCCACCGCAGGCUCCACCGCAAACUAUAAGCCCUUAACCAAUAUAUACAUCGGCGAGGCCGAUAUCAAACACAUCAACGUGAGCAAAGUCAUCCCUCAGAUCGGUCCUAUUUUGACCAUAUUAGGGUCUGCUUUAACGGCUCCCAAUAGUUCCUUGGAUGCCAUUUUUGGGGCUAUGAAAAACAUUGCUGAUACUCCGGCACUAACACCGUUGUUGUCGCUUUUGUCUAAUGCUGAAAACACUACAGUCACUAUCGAAUCAUUGACCGAAUUAGCCCCCUUAGCCAUCAGUGGCAACCCGGCCUCCAGCACCAGACAGUUGACGGAAAUUAAUGGACUACUAAAGUAUUCUAACGACUCCACUGAGACGCUGGAGGGGUUGUCUAAAUUAGUUUCUGCUUCGCUGUCUUCUGGGAACUCUAACUCUUCCAGCGACUCUACUACUUUGGUUCUAGGCUUACUAAGGGAUUCUGACAACGCACAAAAUUCCACACACGCUCUGCUCAUUCUGAAUAAUUUGACAAUGUCUGAAAAGGCACAGUUGUUGCCUGUUUUCAAGUUGUUCGCGCUAUCCACGAAUCAAACUGCUACCAUGACAGGCUUGGCGAGCUUGAUGAACACCACCAUUCCUUCCUCGCUGGCUCAAACGUUAUUGACUCAACUACAAAAUACAAUCUCGAAUGGCGGUUCCUUGAACAACACGUUUAGCUCUUUACAACCGCUAGUGCCACAGACGAAUGCACCCGCCUUUAGUGCAGUGGAGCUGUUGUUGGACGAAACUACGUCUGCAAACCAGACUUUAAAUACUUUGUCGGAUUUGCUCGAAAAUAACGUCACUCAAUCGCCAUCAGCAAAGAAGGCUUUUGCUGCCUUGACUCAGUUGAUGGACCACUCAAGCAAUUCGACCAUGGUCGUAACUUCGGUGCAAUCCUUGGCUGCAGUCACUAAUACCACCCAAUCCACCCAACAACUAGUUGGAUUGGACGGCGUCAUAAGCUCCUCCAGCAACACCAACGAGACCUUGUCCAUCUUGUCUGAACUUCAGUCCGGCCUGUCCGGUAAUUCAAAUAGUACGCAGUACAUUCCAUAUCUGUUUAGUCUUCUAGGAGCAUCCGCUGAUCCUAAAACCACAUUUUCAUCCUUGGUGACGCUAACUUCGUGGGCUCAAGAAAAUCCUCAGACUUUCUUGCCCAUUUUGGAUAUUCUUGCCGACGCUAAGUCUGUCCAGCCAAUUUCUCCCAUGGAAUUGAACGCCAUGACACCAAACAUCCUGGAGUAUUUGAAGAUUCCGAUUUACUACCGUCUAUCCAUUUUCACACUAUGUCAUGCCAACUUGAAGAACGAAAUUCUAGAUUGCAACUCCCCACACGCUGUGCAAAACCUAGAUUUUAGAUCGAUUAUUUACAACGCAUUGAUCACAUCAGAUUUCCAACCGUAUUUGAAUGCUCUGAAUAUUACCGCCGAUGAUCUCUACUUGCAAGGGAAGUUGCUACAUAGGGAGCACCAGUAUGUGCCGGCAGUGAGAUCCGUUUUGGCUUUGAACUUGUUGGCAAUCAUAUUCUCUUUCUUUACGAUGAUCUUUAUCAUAUUACUGUACUUUAACAGAUAUAUGUUUAGACAACCACUGUGGCUAAUUGUUCUAGGAUUGCACGUUUGUGUUGGUGUCGCCACGAUACUGGCAGCUAUUAUCAUAUCCGUUAUGAUCGCCAUCAUUAAAAGCGGCACCGCUGAUGACAAAUUCGGUGUCGUAUUUAGAUCAGGACCCGCUUAUGCGGGACUAAUAUGGACAGCCUUCGCGCUGUCCUUCAUCGCUACGGGGCUAAUGAUUUACACCUGGUGGAGAAACAGAAGAACAGGCCGUUACGCAUCUGCAGCUGCAUUGAAUAAGAACGGAGAAAAAUACACGUAUGGAGAUGGCGCAGCUAUUUCGGCCGGUGAUAACUUGGAUGAUGAGAGUGCUGAUGUCGAAAAGAAUGACAACCGCAAUGAGAUAGCCGCUAUUGAUGGCAGCAGUUCUGCAAAUAACACAGAUGCUUUAAGAAGUACAAGCGAUGAAGCGGAACUCAAGCACCCUGGUGUGACUUCGAACGUUUCAAAUGAACCUGCAGUUAUCACUAAUCAACAAGUGAUACCUUAA